AUGCCCCGGCCCAAAGCACCACCUACCCCAAGCAGUUCCACAGACUUGAAAGCUUUGGAGAGGAAUCUUGGCCCCACUGAUAUGGGAUCUUCUUUCGCAUUGCCACCUCCAGCCUUGCGAUCCGAAGCCCAGUCCACUUACCCGUUCAAAACAACGUCCAAUCGAGGAAGUGCCAACACGAGAACCCCUCCAGUCUCCCCAAAAGACAAACCACUCCCCUCAAAUCCUCGACAGAAACGCACGUCUUCAGGCAUGGUCAAACCCACUUUCACCGACUCGGUUUCCACCGGACAGAAUGCCACAUCUUCCGCCUAUGCUCUUCCUCCUCCACCAAGCCGAGCGCGCAAGAUUAUCCAAAUGAAGCCAAAGGGGACUUCUUCCAACAAUCAUCCGUCCCCGGAUAGCGACGCGAGCUAUCAGCCUCCUGCUUCAAAUUCCACUUCAGCUGCGCCCUCGAAAGGCUCGACAGGUCAUGCCCCAUCAGCCACCAAUUCCAAGCGCAAGCAACCUUCUGCAACAAGCGCUGCAGGUCGGAAAAUCGCCCGCAAGACCGCUCAUAGUAUCAUUGAGCGACGGAGGCGGAGUAAAAUGAAUGAAGAAUUCGGUGUUCUCAAGGACAUGAUACCUGCGUGUGAAGGUGUGGAAAUGCACAAGCUUGCAAUCUUACAGGCUGGAAUAGAAUAUCUGCGAUAUUUAGAAGGCUGUGUGGCCCAGCUCAAGGCGGAGAACCAGAACCAAAACCAAAACCGGCCGGACCCAGGCACUCAGGAACCAGAUAUACACCAAGAGGUCUUCGAGCAUAUCAGAAAAUCCACUGUUCGUGAUGAAGAGGAGCAUGAUGAGAGCGACGAAGAUGACGAAGACGAUGAAAUGGGCGAUGACGAGCGACUUCUCGAACGCCAUUCCAAAGCGCAUAUCAACUACUCCAAUCAACAACGUAUUCCGGCGGUCCAUGAUGAGUGGUCAUUCCGUGAUUCACGGAAAGGAUCUUUGGCCUCUCAAACUAGCUCCGCCUAUCCUUCACCAUUUCUACAUGGACAACCGCAACCUCGAACCAAUGAGCCUCGACGAAAACAAGGUAGCUCACACCAGCGUCCUCUACCUCCAGUAAGCACUGGUUCAUUCUCUGCUUCACCAGCACAAAUAUCGACCCAUGCACAAUCCUCAAGUACCACAAAUACCCCGACAUUACUGAGUCCAGCCUUCAAUUCAAUACACUUCUCCCCCGAUUUAACCAGGACGCAAACAAGUGGCAGUAUUGGAUCAGUGGUCAAUAGCGGAACAUUGCCCUCAACUUCCAGUCCCUGGAUAAGCCUAAACCAAUCAUCUACAUCGAAGCCCAGCCCUCAAAUGGCACCCUUACCUUCGCCCACAGCCUCAAUGCACCUCCCUCUUCCACCCCUGACCAACACUCUCCAGCUCCCUCCCCCCUUUGCCACCGGUAGGGAAAAUUCAAGGUCACCUGCCAUGAGUGACGGAUCAGGGACGGCCGAAGCCACAGCCACGGCGGCUCUGAUGAUGCUGAACAAUGACUGGAGAGCUGGUGCUGGUUUGCCGGUCAGUAGUCGGGAUCAUCUGAUGGGCGGAUCGAGAGACAAGGGCAAGGGCAUGAGUGUCCGAGAUCUGUUGAGUUCCUGA